AUGGCGCUCAACGGCGGUGAGCACUGCGAGGGCGCGGCCGCGGCUUUUCGGGGCGCUCCCUCCGCCCCCCCGGAGCCCCCCGGUAGCGAUCCCGGCACGGAUCCCGGGUGCGACGGCGGUGCCGGUGCCGCGGUGGCGGCGGCGAGGGCGGCGGUGCUGCAGAAGCUGCUCUCCGCCCCUCCCCGCCCCGAGCACUGCGAGGGCGCGGCCGCGGCUUUUCGGGGCGCUCCCUCCGCCCCCCCGGAGCCCCCCGGUAGCGAUCCCGGCACGGAUCCCGGGUGCGACGGCGGUGCCGGUGCCGCGGUGGCGGCGGCGAGGGCGGCGGUGCUGCAGAAGCUGCUCUGGGCCGCCCGGGAGCUGCCCCGCAGCGGCUGCGUGGAGGGCAGCGCCCGCCUCUGCCGCCUGGUGCGGGACUGCGCCCUCGCCCUGCGGGGGCUGCGAGACCUCGAGACCCCCGGGGGGCACGGCGGAGACCCCCCGGGGUACCUUGAGAGCCCCGCGACACCGUGAGAGUACCGGGGGGGCACGGCGGAGCCCACCCGGGACACCCCAGGACAUCCCAAACCUUCCUCCCGGAGCGCAGCGAGAGCCCCGCGACAGCGUGAGACCCCCGGGGGGCAUCCCAGACACCCCCAGACACCGUGAGACCCCCGGGACCCCCCCCAGGACACCCCGGGGCAUCCUGAGAC